AUGGAAUCUUUUGGUCCCAAAUUGAGCUCUAACAUCCGCCCAAACCGCGACCAGUUGGACGAGAUUCAAAAACUGAGGGAUCGACUUAAACCAGCUUUGGCUACUAUCGAGUCUCAUGUGGAACAUCUGUUGAAGAAAGCAACUCCGACAGUUAAAGAGCGAAACCUUGCAAACCGAAUCUGA